AUGCCGAGACCGCCAUCACAAAGCACAACCAAUCGUCACGACAGAAAUCCAGUCUCGAAGGAUGCAUUCGACAAAACCAGUCGAUCUAUGCCAAGAGCAAAUAACUCUACUGAUGGACGCAAAAGAGCAGCACAAGUAUUGACUAUUGUGAAUAAGCAACAAAUGAGUGACAUUAGCGUCGACGAAGCUGAUGAACCUCAGUUGGCUAAACGACAACGAGUGUCUUCAGUGCACAUACAUGCAGAGAAACUAUCGGUAAACGAAUAUCGUUGUCAACUUUGUUCAAAGAUUGCAUUGCCUGGCGCAUGGAUUGAACUUGACGAUUCAAAAUGGUCUCGGACUCUGGGUGAAAUCGAAAGAGGAAAAUGA